CCUCCACCUCCACCUACGACAUGCCAUACCACACCCCAUGCCACCAUGCACACUGCACACCCUGUUUCAUCUUCCUUGGGCGAGAUACGAUAUGUAAGAUAUGUAUCUAGCAAGCUAACGCAGGCUUAUCUCCGCGCUGCAGCCGUGCCGUCCAAAUUGCAAGCCUCUCACUCGCUUACUGGAUGCAGAGCGGGAGACGGUGAGAGAGGUGCAUACCUACGUAUAUCGGUAUGUAUGUCAGUAUGCCGGUACCUAGGCAGGAUGGUUCGCUGGCUGGUAGCACAGCAGCAGGCCAUGUGUUUGAGAUCCGGGUUUCUUGAUUCCCUUCUUCUUCUUUUUCUUCUUUUCUUUCUCUCUCGUCUCAUCUCGAGAUUCCCAAUUAUCCAUACAUACAUUCUUUCCCUCUUUCACUUGUUUUUCUCUCGCCAGUUCCCCAACUCACUCACCAACCAUGGCGUCAUCCCCACCACCGCAAGAAGAAAGACACGAGCAAGAAGAAGUAGAAAAAAUACACGGACACGAACAACAACAACAACCACACUCCCCAGAACCAGCACACACAGUCGCCGACCUCCUGCUCGAAAACCUCGCGCAGGCAGGGAUAACGCACAUCUUCGCGGUCCUGGGCUCCGACCACCCCUCGCUGAUCGAAGCCUACACACGACGACGCCAACGCCAGCAAGGCCACCCACCCCACCUGCUCAUCUUCCUGCACGAGUUCCCCGCCCUCUCCGCCGCAGACGCCUUCUUCCGGCUAACGCAGCGGCCACAACUCGUGCUCGCGCACGCCGACGUCGGCACCGGCGCGCUGAUGCCGGGAUUGCACAAUGCUGCGAGCGGGCGCGCCGGGGUCGUGGUGUUGGCUGGGAAGGCGCCUUGUACGGCCGAGGGGAGCAACGCUCUUACUUCUGCUGGUGGCAGUGUGGGUGCAAGCACGCCCCUGCGCGGCGCCCGCUCCGAACACGUCCAGUGGUACCAGGACGUGUCCGGGCGGCCAGGAGGCGGACAAGCCGCGCUCGCGGCGCCGUACGCGGCGUGGAGUGCAGAACUCACACGGGGGGAGGAGGUGGGCGGCGUGGUGCGGCGGGCGGUGCGCAUGGCUGUGAACGGGAAUGGCGGGGGGCCGGGGCCGGUGUACUUGGUUGCGGGGCGCGAGGUUUUGGCUAUGGGGACGGGGGUCAGAGCUACUGCUGCUGUCACUGCUACCGCAGAAGGAGAAGAAGAAGAAGGAGGAAGAGGAAGAGGAGGGGCAACUGUGCCCGCGGGAGUACGGCUCGGAGGCCUCCCCGCCGGCGCAGCAGACGAGGUCGUGUCCGCGCUCUCGCGCGCCUCCCACCCACUGGUCGUGACGGGCUACCUCGGGCGGAGCGCACACGCGGUGUCGCUGCUCGCCUCCCUCGCAACAGCACUCCCCCACCUCCACGUCCUCGACGCGGAAGCGCGGUACGCCUCCUUCCCAGCCACACACCCCGCAUGGGUCGCGCCUGGGGCCGCAGGCGCUCACGCGGUUAAGAAUGCAGAUGCGGUCCUCGUGCUCGAGGCCGACGUGCCGUGGAUACCAGUGAAGGCGGCGCCGGGGCCCACGGCGCGCGUGUACCAUAUCGAUUCUGACGUGCUGAAGGCGCGGAUGGGGCUGUUUGAGUUGCAUGCGCGUGCGGCGUUCCAGGCGGAUGCGGGGGAGGCGCUGGCGCAGCUGUGCGCAGCAGCUGCUGCCAACGCCAACGCCCAUGCCAAAGACAAAGGCCGCGACGGCGCGCAGGCGUUAGCGUUGAAGCGGGCAGCAGCGCACGCAGCGCAAGCCGCGGCGCUGGAGACGCUGGCAGCUCCGCAGAGUGACGGCGCCAUCUCGCCCGCGUGGCUGUUCCGCGCGCUGCGGGAGCUGCUGCCGCGCGACGCGGUGCUGCUCAGCGACGCGGUGACGAACCAGGGCGCGCUAGCCACGCAGCUACAGGCACAUUGGGCUGCUGGGCGGGCAUUUACCAAGGGCGGGAGUGGGCUGGGGUGGGCUGUUGGGGGGGCUGUUGGGGCCAGACUUGCUCUGGAGGGGGAAGACCCUCCUAGCGGAGGGUCUUUGGUGGUCAGCAUAACCGGCGACGGCGCGCUAAUCUUCGGCGCCCCUGUCGCGGCACUCGCGAGCGCGCGCCAGCAGCGCGCGCCCUUCCUGCUCGUCGUGCUCAACAACGGCGGGUGGCGGGCUACGCGGCAGUGUCUCGUUGACGUGCACCCCGGAGGUCUAGCUUCUCAGACCUUCAAUCCCUCCACUCCUGACCUUUCUGAUGGCUCUGCUGGGGAGGGGGGAGAAGAAGGCGCGUUUGCAGGCAUCGACUACAUCGCCCUCGCGCAAGCCGCGACAGGCGGGUGGGCGGUUGGGGAGCGGGUUACGCGGAGUGAGGAGGUGGCGGGGGCGGUGGGGCGGCUGGUGUGCGCUGUGAGGGGGGAGGGGAGGGUGGGGGUUUUGGACGUUGUGUUGGUUUAG